UUUGCCAUAACCGACGCGAGAGUCGACUCGAGACGCAAGAGAAGAGAGGGCCGCCGGGGCAGGAUCGUUGCGGACACGAAAGAUGUCUUACUCAAGAGGAUCAAGGUAGGCACCAUUUUAAAAGCUAUAGCAUUGUUUCCAUUUGCCUAAAAUUUCUCUUGCUUAGUGUUGUGAUAGUUUUGUUUUGUUUUUGGGUGGAAGGUGUGAAUCUCGCUCACCUUACAGGAGAAGCAGCUAUUCAAGGUACAGAAGUCGCUCUAGGAGUGUGGACUCAAGUGAUGCUGAAAACCCUGGGAACAACCUGUAUGUGACUGGUCUGUCAGCUCGUGUAACUGAUCAAGAUCUUGAGAAGCACUUUUCUACUGAGGGAGAGGUGAUUGAUGCGAGCGUUGUGCAAGAUCCUUGGACAAGGGAAUCACGAGGGUUUGGUUUUGUUACCAUGGCUACUGUUAAGGAGGCAGAUCGCUGCAUCAAAUAUUUGGACCGUUUUGUUUUGGAAGGUCGUGUCAUAACUGUUGAAAAGAUUUUGUUGACAGCAACAGGGUAGAUGUUGGUAGCUGCUCUGCAACAAACUCAUACAACCUAACACCAAAUCAUGCCACCUCAACCAAAGGGUUGUAUGCCCUACAUUGUAUAAUUUUUGUUUUAAAUGUUUUAUUCAGAUUCUCAACAAUCGAUCACUCUUGCUUUUAAUGUCAAAGGCACUUUCUUAUCCAGUCCCCUAUUGCACAGGCAAAAAGAAAAAGAGGUAGAACGCCAACACCUGGGAAGUAUCUUGGUACAAAAUCAUCGCGUGGACGGAGGUAUUCCCCAAGCUACUCACCUGUUCGGAGGGACCGUUGCAGUUCACGAUAUUCACCUGAUCGCGAACGGUCUUAUUCUCCUUAUAGUAGACGCCGAUCGUACUCACCCUAUGACAGGCGAAGAUCGCUCUCCCCCUACGACAGACGGAGAUCAUACUCACCCUAUGAGCGGCGCCGGUCAUACUCGCCUUACUACAGCAGCCGGCACCGUUCAAGGUCUCCAUAUCGCUACAGGAGACGUAGGUCACCUUCCUAUGACCGAUCCGCUUCACCCUACAGGCGCCUGUAUAGAUCUGUCUCCAGGUCACCCAGUGCUUCUCCAAGGGCCAGAGGCCGGAGCUAUUCCCGCAGUUUAUCAUCACACAGAAGCUACUCUCGAAGCUGCUCCCCAGUGUCAGAAAGAUCAGCGAGCUACUCUCCAAAGAGAGGGCGUAGUACAAAGGAACACUCACGCAGCAGAUCUUCUGGCAAGAGGCGUCGUUCCAGGGAAAGCUAUUCUCACAGCCGCAGUUCGUACUCUAGGUCUGUCUCUAGGGAGCGCUCAGCUUGAGCAGCAGGCCUGUGUCCUAGUCCUCCUUGUCCUUGGUAACUGCCUAACUGGUAAGAAUAAGACGCAGCCUGUAUUCAUGCGAUACAUGUGGGUAUUCUGAAGUCUGAACUUUGAGCAGCGUGGGAUUUGUUUAUUUUACUGCAUUAUGUUUAGUUUGUAUGAGAUCCUGCUGCAUUUCAGAUAUGCAGUAUAUGUUUGAUUUCGUUGGCCUCGAUUGGUGCUAA